AUGUUUGCCUUCUAUCUUGCCACAUUGGCAUCAAUCGUGAUGGCAGCCCAGCCAUCUGCCACCAGCAACUCGACGAGUUCCGGGGGCUCCUCCCAAUACCAGAACAAUGCGACGCAGCAGUACUUGAAUAUGCUCAACAAAAGUCUCGGACACAAUUAUCUCUGGUCUCUGCUCGCUGUCGUUGCUCUACUCUUGGCCUGGGUCACUGUAGCUCGAAUCAAUGCCCAUCUCCGACACCUUGCGUCCAUGGGCGGAGAUGGGUCACUUCGCUACUACUCCACGACCUCGCCUGUCAUGUCUCUUGUGAAGAGCAACAUAGUCUACGCCCCAAUUUUGUUUUACCGGCGAGCAAGAGAGUUGAAAUUCUCUCGACACGUCAAUUUCGGUUCCAUACCGUCUCGGUUUCAAGCAAUCUUCCUAUUCCUGGUCAUCGCUGCCAAUGUAUUCGCCUGCACCUGGAACAUUCCCUGGUCUGAUGCCCAACUUGAAGUGCUACCUAUCUUGAGAAAUCGGACCGGGACUUUGUCGGUGGUGAAUCUGAUCCCUAUUAUGGUGAUGGCCAGCGUGAAGAAUCCUCUGAUAUGGUUGCUGGACAUAUCAUAUGACACCUUCAACUUGAUGCACCGUUGGUUUGGCCGCGUGGCCGUCCUGCAAGCCAUCGUUCACACCCUCUGCUGGCUCAUCGGGAAAGUGCAGUCAAAAGGCUGGGGAGCUGUGAAGAUAUCGAUGCAGAGCCCAUUCAUCUAUAGCGGGCUGAUUGCCACGAUUGGAUUCACGGUGAUGCUACUUCAGAGCCCCAAGGUGUUUCGAAGCUUGUCCUACGAGUUCUUCCUGCAUUUCCAUUUUGUCCUCGCACUCAUGGUCAUGGUGUUUCUCUGGCGGCACCUGCAGUUGAAUAGUCUUCCCCAGAAGAAUCUCCUUCUAGGGGCCAUCAUCAUCUGGGGUGCCUCGAGAGGAUUCAGACUCGCCACUUUACUAUAUCGCAGCCUAGGAAGAGGCGGAUCGACCGCCACAGUCGAGCCUCUCCCAGCCGGAGCGGUCAAGAUCACUAUCACGACUCCUCGGCCCUGGACGUAUCGACCCGGUCAAUCUCUGUACCUGACACUCCCGGCGCUUGGUCUCUGGACGGCUCAUCCGUUCUCUGUGGCCUGGUCUGGACUUGAGACGGAAGAUCAUUUGACAAGAUCUGGCUCUGUCCGUUCCGAGUACAAUGAAAAGAACCCAAUCGUUCGCGCCAGGUUGGCGGAGGCGGAAGAAUUCUCCCGAGACCACACUGUUUCACUGAUUGUCAAGAAGCACACAGGGUUGACACAGAAAUUGUGGCACCAUGCCCGCAACACCGACAGUGCUGUUUCGCUCGGUGCACUCAUCGAAGGACCCUACGGCAAUGAGCGAAGCAUGGCUAGCUAUGGCACGGUGAUCCUCUUUGCAAGUGGCGUCGGCAUCACCCAUCAACUGGGAUAUGUGAGGGACCUCGUGCACGGCUACAGCCAAGGCACCGUGGCCACCCGAAGAAUCACCUUGGUCUGGGUCAUUCCCAGCACCGAGUGUCUCGAUUGGAUCAGCUCGUGGAUGCACGAGAUCCUGGGCAUGGAAGGCCGGAGGGAGGUCCUCACGAUCCUCCUCUACGUCACCCGCGCCGGUCUGAGCCAGUCUAUUCGAAGUCCUAGCGAUAUGGUCCGCAUGUCACGCGGCAGACCUAAUGUGGAAGAACUGAUAGGCCUCGAAGCUGCUCGAAAAGUGGGGUGUAUUGGUGUCAGUGUCUGCGCUGGUGGUGGGCUCGCGGACGAAGUCAGGCGGGUGUCCCGGGUGAUGCUUGACAGAGGCAUAAACCUAGAUUUCUUCGAGGAAGGGUUCGGAUGGUGA